AUGCAAAACUACGGCUGUCCGGAGCGAUUCACUCAGAUGGUGCGUCAGCUGCACGACGGUAUGAUGGCGCGAUUCAUGGACAACGUAGCUGUCUCAGAGGCAUUCGUAGUGGCCAACGGAGUGAAGAAUGAAUGCGUGCUGGCACCUUCCCUCUUCAGUCUUAUGUUCUCUGCCAUGCUGAUGGACCCCGAUCGUGUUGAGCACCCCGGGAUCCGCAUUGCCUACAGGACUGACAGUCACCUGCUGAAACAACGGCGGAUGCACUUCCAAUCGCGCGUAUCCACAACCACCGUUCACGAACUUCUCAUCGCCGACGACUACGCCCUGAACACCCCAUCGGAAGUGGAGAUGCCACGGAGCAUGGACCUGUUCUCCGCCGCCUGCAAGAACUUUGUGCAGGUCAUUAACACGCAGAAGACCGUGGUGAUGCAUCAACCGCCACCCAACUCAGCCACAGCCCACAACGCGUCGCCGCAAAUCAGCGUCAACGGAACCCAAUUGCAAAUGGUGGAGGACUUCCCGUACUUGGACAGCACCCUCUCCCGCAAAACCAAGAUCGAUGACGAAGUCGCCAACAUGAUCUCGAAAGCCAGUCAAGCCUUCAGUCUCCUCAAAAGCACAGUUUGGAAUCGUCAUGGCCUCCAACUGAGCACGAGGCUAAAGAUGUACAAGGCCGUUAUCCUGCCGACGCUUCUGUAUGGAGCGGAGACUUGGACGGUGAACACGAAUCAGCCACACCGACUGAACCACUUCCAACUCAGUUGUCUCCGUCGCAUCCUGAGGCUGAAUUGGCAGGACCGCAUCCCCGACACAGAUGUGCUGCAACGGACGGGAAUCCUCGGCAUCUACGUCGUGCGGAGAAAAAUGCAGCUGCGCUGGAGCGGCCAUCUGGUGCGCAUGGACGACGAGCGACUACCCAAACGACUCUUCUACGGAGACGUUGCGACGGGUUCUCGCCGCCAAGAUGGUCAAAUUCAUUGA